AUGUCCUCCAAAGUUCAUCGAGCAAACACACAAACACUGGACUACCACCGAACUUAUCCCACAACUUUGUCAAGUCUUCUCUUUGAAAUGGAGGGUGUUACAGUGUUGAUUGUUGGUGCUGGGCCAGCAGGCCUCGCAACGGCAGCAUGCCUUAGCCAAUUAUCAAUGCCUUAUGCCAUCGUCGAGCGCGAGAGUUGUAGCGCGUCACUCUGGCGCAACCGCGCGUAUGAUCGUCUAAAGCUGCAUCUCGCAAAGGAGUUAUGUGAGUUGCCACACAUGUCAUACCCUGUAGAUGCACCAACAUACAUACCAAAAACCUUGUUUGUGAAGUACUUGGAUGACUAUGUUGAGCGUUUCAACAUUCAACCAAAGUAUCUCACCAGCGUGGAGUCAUCCACAUAUGACAAUGAUGAAAAAUGUUGGUCCAUUGUGGCAAAGGACAUGUCAAAGUGCACCACAGUCAAGUUCAUGGCGAAGUUUCUUGUUGUGGUAAGUGGUGAGAAUAGUGCGGAGAAUAUUCCAAUGUUCCCUGGACUGGAAAACUUUCCAGGUGAUGUUAUCCACUCCUCAAGCUACAAGUCAGGCAAGAGCUACUCUGGCAAGAAUGUAUUGGUCAUUGGAUCUGGUAACUCCGGGAUGGAAAUUGCUUAUGACCUUGCGAUUCAUGGUGCCAACACAUCGAUUGUUAUACGAAGCCCGAUUCAUGUAAUGACAAAGGAAUUAAUUCGUUUGGGGAUGACACUUGCUCACCGUCUUCCAUUGAAUCUAGUGGAUAAACUCCUUGUGAUGGCAGCGUAUUUAAUAUUUGGAGACCUGUCACAGCAUGGCAUCACAAGGCCAAAAAUGGGUCCAAUGACCCUCAAAUCAGAAACAGGCCGAUCUGCAGUAAUUGAUGUUGGGACUGUUGGAUUGAUCAAAAAAGGCAUCAUCAAAGUUCAAGGGAGCAUUAGUAAGAUCAAGGGCAACAUAGUUAAAUUUCAAUGCAGUAAAAGAAUGUCAUUUGAUGCAAUUGUGUUUGCAACUGGAUACAAAAGCACGGCAAAUAUGUGGCUCAAGGUAAUAUAG